UGUUGUCAUAAAGUAGAUUUUUAAGUUAAAAAAAAUUUCACGCUGCAUGAACGCUAAGGGUUAAAACCACGCAGCUUUACGCGCAGGUGUCCGUCACUUCUCUGUGAAACAGCGUCUGAAAACUUGACAGACCUUUUUUUAAUUAAGUUGAUCUGACUGUAACUCUUCCGGAUUUGCUGUCCGUGCAGACAGGUCACUGUAAUUCAUGUAGCCAGAGCGCGAGGGGGUUUUACGCACCGCAGAAGGUUGGCCAAAGGAGAAGAAGCAGAUCUGGAGAACUCCUCAGAUCGGGUCCGGUUCGGCACGCUCCUUAACGCAGCAUCUAAUCCGAAUGACUAAAACGUUCACUACUGUGCGGAAUUUGGGGAGUUUUCAGUUUUUUUAAUCUUGUAAUUUGCGCAAAAUCCUUUGGAUCUCCAGCAUUUUGGAGUCCGCUGCUGUUCCGAGAUGUGGUGGAUGCUGUUCCCCCGCUGGAUCUGGUUUCUCGGACAGUGUAACAUUUUACUGCUUUUUAUGGACCGCUGCCGUGUGUCAGCAAUGCCCCUGAUGUCUGUAGCAAAGGUGGUGUACUCUCACGCAGGUAUGUGUCCGAAUGAUCUGAACCCCAACCUGUGGGUGGAUGCCAUGAGCACCUGCAUGCGCGAGUGCGAAUCUGAUCAGGACUGUGAAGCUUUUGAGAAGUGCUGCCCUAAUGUUUGUGGCAAAAAGAGUUGUGUCGCGGCACGCUACAUCGACAUCAAGGGCAACAAGGGUCCGAUUGGGAUGCCAAAGGGCGCCACCUGCGACAAGUUCAUGUGUGCUCAGCAGGGCUCCGAGUGCGACAUCUGGGACGGCCAGCCUGUCUGUAAGUGCAGAGACCGCUGUGAGAGAGAGCCCCACUUCACGUGCGCUUCUGACGGCAUGACUUAUUAUAACAAGUGCUACAUGGAUGCAGAGGCCUGUUCCAAGGGUGUCUCAAUCUCUGAGGUCACCUGCAGGUAUCACCUGUCCUGGCCAAACACCAGUCCAAUCCCCAUGGAGACCACCUUACAUCCCACCACCGCCCUACAGACCACCAUCCCAACUGACAUUCAGCUACCUGCCAUUCAUAGCGGACCCACCAGACAGACAGUUUUUGAUGGUGAGACAGCCAGUUUCUUGUGUGAGGUGUCUGGAAAGCCUCAACCAGAGAUCACCUGGGAGAAACAGCUUAAAGGCAAAGACAACAUAAUAAUGAGACCCAAUCAUGUGCGAGGAAAUGUUGUGGUGACCAACAUCGGCCAGUUAGUUAUAUACAAUGCCCAACUUCAGGAUGCAGGAAUCUAUACGUGCACGGCCAAAAACGUUGGAGGGAGUGUGUCGUUACACUUUCCCCUGGUGGUGAUCAAGAGAGAGCAGGAGGGUAAAAAGGCUGAAGGGAACGAUACCAACCUGCCUUUCCCAACCGCUGAGUGCCUCAAGAGUCCCGACACAGACGACUGUGGAGAAGAAAGCAUUAGCUGGUACUAUGAACCAAAACGGAAUAACUGUUUUACCUUCACGUACAGCCAGUGUAACAAAAACCAAAACCAUUUUGACAUCUAUGAAGCAUGCAUGCUGUCAUGUGGAGGUGAGUUGGCGGCUCCCUGCAGCCUACCAAGUCUACAAGGCCCUUGCAAAGCCUACGAGCCCCGUUGGGCGUACAGCAGCGGCCUCAAAAAGUGCCAGUCAUUUGUGUAUGGAGGCUGCGGUGGCAACGAGAACAACUUUGAGUCCAAAGAGGCCUGUGAAGAGAUGUGUCCCUUUCCGAAGAACCACAACUGCAAGGUGUGCAAACCCAGAAGCAAGAUGGUCCCCAGCUUCUGCAAGAGUGACUUUGUGAUCCUCGGGCGGGUGACUGAGCUGACGGAAGAGCAGGAGUCUGGCCACGCUCUGGUGACCGUAGAGGAAAUCUUGAAGGAUGAGAAGAUGGGUCUGAGGUUCUUCGGGAAGGAGCCACUGGAAGUAACUCUUCUGAACAUGGACUGGAACUGCCCCUGCCCUAACAUCACCAUAGCCGAUGGACAGCUCAUCAUCAUGGGGGACGUCCACAACGGGAUGGCUGUCCUGCAGCCUGACAGCUUCGUAGGCUCCUCUAGUGCUCGCCGAAUCAGGAAGUUGCGUGAAGUUAUCCAGAAGAAAACCUGCGAUUUUCUCAAAGAUUUCUCCGCAGCUCAGUAAUGCAUCACAGCUCCAGUGACCUCACCAGCAGGAAACACACCAUUCAAGUCUCUAAUGUUAUACUAUGCUGCAUUAUUCACCCAUAUAUAUAAUUUACUCUUCUUUCCUAUCUCAAACUUUGAAAAACAUUUAAUAUUUUUCUCUCUUAAUUUUUUAUGAACUAACAUGUUUUUUUAGGUGUGUUUGAUGUGAUUACUGUAUGUGUUUGAUGUUCUGAUCUCACAGUUGUGUUACAGGAAAACAAUGCAAAGCCUCAGUUUCUCACCAGAAUCAAAUAAGCUCUUUCGGUUCCAUUUUUUAUGGAAACCGUUUUCAUUUACAACACUGAACAUGCACGGGAACUCAUGCUUGUCAUAUUUAUUUUUCUCAUUCUUAGGACCAAGUGGACUUCAUCAGAAUGUGCAUCUGUGGAUUUAAUUACCUGCAUUUAUUUUUUAUCCAAGUUAUUUUAGAUUAGUUGAUGAAUAAAGGUGAUUCGUGAUGGA